AUGGAUUUGAACCAGUCUUUGUUUGCCAAGUGUCCCGCUGAUUGCAGAUCGUCAUCGACGAAGAUGGCGAACCAAGAAAAUUUCGACCCGUCAUUCGGCUAUCAUCAAACGAUGAAUAAAUUGUGCAGCGACAACAACAUGCCAACUAAUUACAUACCAAAUGGAGAUUUUAUUCCUCAGAAUGUGGAACCAAUAUUUAUUGAACAGCAGCAGCAACAACAAUUAAGGAUGUCUUCUAAUAGAUACAUAAACGCCAACGGAACCUACCAAUAUAAUACCAAUGCUCCGUUAAAAGAAGCAAAUCAAAACAUGUGGAAAAAUUUUGCAAUGUACACAGACAAAAAUGAAUUUAAAAACCACGGUGAUAUGGUUGCAAAGCACCUCGUUCCAACUGCAGCUCAAAGAUCUUCUUCCAGUAACAGAGUUUUAGAAAAGGCACACGCCAGGUUCGACGCGCUGUUUCUCGGUCUGGCUAACAAGACUCCAGUUUUAGAUGUGCAUCUUGCUAAAAAAAUUCAAAAAUCCAAUGCAAAUGACGAGUAUGCGUUGAAACAAGUUUCCAGCAUAAGCAGCAACAGUCAACUGAGCAUCACUAGGCCGACGAAAAGAAAUAUUCCGCCAACCCGAAUGAUGGCAUUUAACUCCAAGAAUAAAGUUUCCUCCAGAGAUACUGUAUCAGAACGUCGUUCAAAUAAGAAAUUAUCGAUGAGUGCAUUUGUUCCAGGUGUGAGAUACCAAAGACCACCGUCAGUCGAAAGUGGUGUCUGCUACAGAGUGUCUUACCAAGAUCAACAGCAUAAGCAUAAAAAGAGGGUUAAAUCUUUAAAAGAUAAGACUCCUAGGUCGUUAACUUUAGAGAUGUUUGAAGUUGAUGAAAAAGUCAAAGUUGACUCACCAAUUAAACAACCUGAAGAAGAAAUGUCCAUUCUAGGUUUGAAAACUCACUCUCAAAGUCAAUUCAACACAAACAAUUGCAUGAGUGAUGAAGAGAAAAUGAAGUCUCCUAAAAAUAAGAAGCAAUCAAAUAUAAAACCUUAUAGCAUAUUAAGUUCAUCAGGACAAGAAAAAACCGAUGAAAUAAAGUUUCAUUCUUUUUACAACAGCACUUACAGCGAAGGGUCCGAUGAUUCUGACGAAUGUGUAACUAAUGAGAAUUACAAAAAAAUGUCUCAAUUCAAUAACAAUUCAAUUCCUAAAGGAACGUCUUUCGUAUCGUUGGCCAAAGAAAUGUUGAAGAAGAACGGCCAAUCCAGCACUGUGUCGACCGUGAAACAUCAAAAACCCUUCCUGAAUAUGUAUCCUUAUUUGAAAGAAACAGAACUAAGUCGAGUUUUGGUUAGUGUUUCCAAUGAAGAUCUUGACGAUGAAAUGUAUGAUGGGCCAAAGAAUCUUGAGAGAAUGAAGUCGACAAUAAAAGAAAGUGACAAAAUGGCGAAAAUGAAAAUGAGCCGCAGUAGCCUCAAUACUAUUCGCACCUUCUCAUCUAAAAGACCAAAUAAUAUAGAUAAAGUUCAAAUAUAUUCGAUGCCUGCUGAGCCAUCACUGAGGUCUGGUAAUAAGAAGUCUCGUAUGUAUGUUACGUCAAAUUUACCGAUGAAACGAUUGUACGAACCAAUCGGCGUAGUAAAUUAUUUGAUUGAAAAAUACAAAGAUAGGCAGCCAAAAUUAUCAGAAAGCGGUCUCGGCUACGAUCAAACUGUCAAAAAUGUUGUAAAAAUUUUGCACGAUUCCUGGUUAGAACAAACUCAAUGCGAUGUAGCAAUCGUAACGAAAGACGGCGAAAUAAUGGCACAUCAAGCAGUACUCAGCAGUUUUAGUUCUUCCUUAGCAUACCAGUUCAAGGCCAACAAGCCUCAGUGCGACACCAAUGAUGGAUCGCAAGAAAAUUUUCAACAAAUCGCAGUUAUUGAUUUAUCCAAAUUUCCUAGAGACGUGAUAGCCGAUACGCUUCAUUUUCUAUACACGACAGACAUUCAACUGGAUAGUAACAACGUCACAUACUUCAUCCUCGUAGCAAAACGUCUGGAUCUGCUCGUGCUGCUAAAGAUGUGCGAAGAAUAUCUGCUUACUUCCAGCAACUUGGACAACAUCAUGCUUCAUUUUCUGAUAGCCAACAACUGUGAGAUGACCAAAAUUAUUGAAGAAAUGCAGCAGAGAAUCGCGAAAAAUUUUGAUAUAAUAUGGAACAAGAAACAUGUCGUAAAACUUUCCAAGAAUCUUUUAGUUAAUCUGUUAACCCACAAAGAUUUGAACAUGACUGAAGAGAAUAAACUACAAGUAGUGGCCAAGUGGAUCGACUACAACCGGCCAGAACGAUUGAAGUACAUCCCUGAUUUGAUGAAACUUGUAAAUUUUGAAAAGUUCGAGUUGGAAUCGUUAAUGUCUCGUGUGCAACACCUCGAUUGGAUGUUUACUGAUCAAGUUAUGAGAAUCAAGCUAUUGAGCGCAUACAAUCAGAGAUCGCACACGCCUGCAUUAUUAAAAACUCAGUCACCAAUAUCUCUACCUGUUCCUCCGAUUUCUUCCCAUCAACUUUCACAAGUCCCAAAAAGUUCUCCCACGCCUAUAGCAAAAUGUUUUACCCCCAUUCGUCAGAAAGAAAAUUUUCAACAAAUUUCGUCGCCACAUUUGAAACAGCUGAAGAGGUUGUCUCCGAGCCUUGCCAGUCCAAAAAUAUUAACAAAAGAAAUAACGCAAAAAAUGCCGGCUGAUGAUUUGGACGAAAAUGUAUCGUCAACGCGGUCGAAAAGUUUGGUAGCACUACGCUACCAACAAUCACUGCACGCGCAACAACAGCAACAGUAUCAGCAACAACAAAAACUAGACAAUUCUUCAUACAACUACCUACAACUCUCACAACAAACCAUGACCAAUCCGUCGAACACCCAGUUCAGCUGCGCUACACAAACAAUAGAAACUAACGAGGCAGCCAGGUACAAAAAUGACGCAUUCAAUAACUGUCGCCAUAACAAGCACAGUAACUAUGAACCAGCAAAUGAGCCGCAGAAGUCUUUCAUCGACAAUUUUUCACCAAAUCAGCAACAACAACAUCGCGCCCAACAAGCGGCUGAUUCUAAAUUCCUUCAACAAUUUUCUGAGGUUCAACAAAAGAAGCAACAGGCGCAACAUCAGCCAACACAUCAACCAACGCAUUAUCCAUUGCAAACCUUCAACUACCAGCAUCAACAACAUCAACAACAACUUAACCAUGGGGAUUACUUUAAAUCGCCUAGAAAUUACGGAAAAUCCCAGCAGCAACAACCACAACAGCAAGCAUUUACAAAGCGCAUGGAAUCUAAAUGCUAUCAAACAGAUCCUCAACCCCCCGUUAAAAGCCACAAAACUUUUAACAACGGAGUGACGCAAUCAAGCAACUUCAGUUCAAACGCCACCACCCAGAAGAACCAGCCCACCCACUACAUCAGCAUCGGGACUUCCAUGACUCCUAACAUUUCACAGAACGCCAACGACAUGAUGGCCUCCAACACUUCACAGCUUGCUUCAAAACAGACUUUUGGCAAGACCGAACGAGAGGUCGACAGUACAACCAGCAGUAACGAAGAUAAAAAUAAUUGGAAUAAAUCGCAGGGUCUCGUUUCAGUUUAUUCGCCCAAUUACAGACCACCCCCGAAUAAACAAUACCAACUGACCAGCAACUCCACGUCCGUUCGAUAUGUUGAGCUCUGAUCUCUUCUGGCGGAUGCAUCCGAGGCAAGUCUCACAUUGAAAAAAUUAAAAACUUUCUCGCUAAAAACGAUGAAAAAAAUUAAUGAACAUAUGCAGGUAUAAUAAUUAAACUAUAAAUUCAAAUGUUUAAUUACACCGAUAAUGUCACUUCAAUAAGUUUUUAAAGUAAAUUCAAAUGUUAAUUUUGUGAAAAGUUUGACUGGUGACAAACAUCCAUUUUUAUAAGGACUCUUCCAUCAAAUUUUAUUCAAAUAAUUCAUUUAAUAAAACAAUUU